CUUCAACUGUCGACACUGGAUCACCGAAAAUCAACAAAGAAAUUAAAUUGCAUUUCACGUACUUAUGUUUACUCAAUGCAAUUGAGAGUUCGAUCUUAGUCACAAUUUGGUAAUAGCUCGCAGAUAAAUCGGCAAGUUUAAGACACUUUUCACAAAAGAUAUUUAGAUAAGCCUUGCUAUUCAUUGUUCUAGGAUUUGUUGCAGUUGGGAUUUCAACCAAAUUGUUAUAACGCGCAAGUUGGCUCAGUCCCUGGUGCAACCAUGAACGAGGAUAUUCCCAUCAGAACAAACUCGCCGAUAAUUGGUAUUCUUUGCGUUGAUAUUGCCCACAAACUACGUGAAAAGUAUGGUCGCCAGUUCACAAGCUAUUUGGCCGCAUCUUACGUGAAGUUUGUUGAAGGCGGAGGUGGAAGAGUCGUUCCAAUUUGGAUAGGAAAAGAUCGUGGUUACUACAAGAAAAUGCUACAACACAUCAACGGAGUACUAUUGCCUGGUGGUGCUGUUUUCUUUCACGAGGAAAAUGGGUUUGCUGAUGCGGGAAAAUAUAUUUACGAAAUUGCCACCGAGAUGAAUAAGAAAGGAGUUUACUUUCCGAUUUUUGGAAUUUGCUUGGGUUUUGAAUUGAUACUAUAUGCAUCGGCACAAAAGGAACUGCGACAGGACUGUGAUAGUGUUGGCAAUUCACUAGCUUUGGAUUUUCAAGAAAGUGCAUUAAAUAGCAGAUUAUUUGGAUCGGCACCGAAAGAUAUAAUGAGCAUCUUUUCAACAGAGACAAAUACUUUCAAUUAUCACAAAUAUUGUAUUACAAAAGAUGAUUUAAAAGACUCUAAAAUCCACGAGGAAUGGAAAAUCUUAUCCACCAACAGCGACGCGAAAGUUAAAAACUAUAUUUCGUCCGUUGAACACGUCAAGUAUCCUUUCUAUGGCGUACAAUUCCAUCCAGAACGAAAUAUCUACGAACACAAAUCGAAACAUAUAAUACACUCCGCAAACGCUAUCAAAUGUUCAAAUUAUUUGGCGGUGUUUUUCGUCAACGAGGCUCGGAAAAAUGGAAACCACUUUGAAAAGGGGGAAGAAUAUCGCCAUUCAAUACAUAAUUUUAGAUUCGAAAUCAUUGAUGAUAAAGAUAUACCCUGGGAGCAAAGCUAUUUAUUUCAAAAAGACGAUGAUUAUCCCCAAAAAAAAAGUUAAAAUAUGAAUUAUAUUUUUAUGAUAUUUUUACUGUUAAUGGACAAUCGAACCUAAAUAGUAAUAAUUAGUUAAUUAUUGGAUAAUUCAAAAUAUUUAGAACUUUAAACAUUAGAAAAAGAGAUAAAAUUUAUAUUAAUUUGUAGAGUAAGCAGUACGUUACAAUAAAAUAUUUUUUUCUAACAAUCGGAAAAUUAGGAAAAAAAUAAAUGAUUCUUCCAAUGGUUGCCUUUUUUCUUGUAGGCUUGCGUUCAAAAUUUAUAUUAAAAUUGCAUCUGGACUUAUUUAAUAAAACCCAAUGUAAAUUGUAUUUUCAAGUUCCCUUCGUUAAAUCGUAAUUU